UGGCCACGUGGAUUUGUUGAUGUGUGUGCUGUCAGGGUGUGACGUCAUAUGACUUCCGUCAAGAUGGCGACGUCCAUGAUGCAGACAAACCUGUCGCUUUUGCGACAGCAUCUUUCGGUUGCUGUGGGGAAUAGUAGUAGUGUAGUUAAAGCUGUAGCAGUUGCAGUAACAUGUGGAUACUUUUUGACUUUUGCUCAGUCUGUUAUACCAUACGUAGCGGUGACACCGGGCUAUGUUAUUCCACCAAACUUCUGGUUUUGGACAUUCGUGACACACGCCUUUAUUGAAGUACACUUCUGGGAUGUUCUCGUAGAUAUUGCCGUGGUUAUUCUGUGUGGCAAGCUGUUAGAACCGUUAUGGGGUGCUUUAGACAUGCUUUUGUUUUUCUUGAUCGUAAACACAGGAGUAGCGGUUGUCACUGCAUUUUCAUAUUUAAUAUUUUAUCUUGUUUCCAAAAAUGAAGAGUUUUUGUUUGAAACUUACAUCCAUGGACUUGCAGGAUACAUUGCAGGGUUUGCAGUGGCCGUGAAACAAAUCAUGCCAGAUCAUGUGCUCGUUACUUCACCAUUUGGAAAGCUCCGAAACACGCACAUCCCUUUGCUGUUACUGUUUGUGGUGGUGACAUUGCGCCUGGCCGGGCUACUUGAUGGUCCAUACCCAUUCAUGUUUGGGUUUGGCAUCCUCAUCAGCUGGAUCUACCUGAGAUUUUAUCAGAAACAUACAAAUGGAAAUAGGGGAGAUAUGGCUGAUAACUUUGGUUUUCCUAGUUUCUUCCCAAGUCAGCUUCAGCCAUUUGUUGCAAUGUUUUCAAACACUGUUUUCCUGGCCCUGGUGAAGAUAAAGAUUUGUAAGAAGCCACAGAGGAAGUAUGAUGUCAGUUCACCCUCCACUAUCACCAUCACCCUGCCUGGCACUGACCAGGAUGCUGAACGUAGACGACAAGUGGCAUUAAAGGCACUGAACGAGAGACUGAACAAGACGGAGCAGCCUUCCAACUGGCCAUCUUUGGUAGAUGAAGAAGGCAAGGCCUCCCCUGAAAACAGCAGCUCCCCAGCAAAGGAAAGCCUUGUGAAGCCCACUGCCAGACAGGCAGAAACACCAGAGCAACAAGAUCAGAUACAGGGAGCACAGACCUCCACCAAUACUGACAGCUGAGGGACACAACACAAUGUCUGCUUAUGUUAGAGAAUGUCAUUGCUUUCUUUUGGUAGGAGACUGAGCCUAUUGUAUCUUUAAUUUGUGUAAAUCAAGUGAAACCUUAUAUUUCUGUGAACUUAUAACUUUCUCCUCUUGAAAUUUGUAUAUGAAGAGUAAUUCUUUAUAAGUCCAGCAAGAUUGGACAGUUGUAGGAAGAAGAUGAGUUUAGAUCAAAAAGGUUUAGCUUUUGCAAUGUAAAUUCGCCACUUCUCGAAAUGAAAUACAAUAUACAUAUGUAGAUAUAUGCAGAUACAGUUCUCUGUAGGUUCCAUUGUUAUUCCAUAUGAUAAAUGAGUGUUACCAGCAUAGUGAAAGUGUACAUGGGACUUAAAAAGCCACACGUGGGAUUGGUUUUUGACUGUUUAUAUAGGCCUAAGAAAGUUGAUUUAUUGACGUGUUAUGUUGACUUUAUGUUGAAUUUAAUUUUGUCAUGAUUUAUUUUGUCAGAAUAUUUCUAUGAAAUUUUCAAAUUUCCUAUAUUUAUUAAAGACAAACAGACUGUUAAAAGCCUAUAUACUAUACAAUAGUAAAGAGUUCAAUCACUCAAGGCAGUUUCAACUUAUUGUUAUUGGUAUAUACACUGUCAUGAAGAGAUUUUUAAUCUAAGAACUCAUAUAUGUACUUUGGUAGAGAACCAGGAAACCACUGUGUGUAUGUUUAGAGUACAAACACCAGACUGACACCAACAGAGUCACUUGUACCAUAAUGAUGGAAAUGUUGUGAUUGGGUGUUACAUUAAAGGCAUGAAUUAGCAUAUUCUCUAGAAUACCU